AUGCAGCAAUAUGAAAGUUAUCCAGGGCUCCCAGCUCUAAUUGGGAGGUCUCGUGUCUCUACCUUUAAUGCUCUAAAGGGUCGAAUAUGGAAGCGUAUACAUGGUUGGCAGGAGAAAUUUCUAACACACGCUGGGAAGGAGAUUUUGAUCAAGGCCGUUAUCCAAGCCCUACCGACUUACACUAUGAGUGUUUUUUGUCUCCCGAAGACUAUUACUAAAGACAUCAACACGAUGAUGAGUCGGUUUUGGUGGGGACAUAAAGAUAGUUCACAUAAAAUGGCAUGGAUGGCUUGGAAGGGGAUGGGUAGAAGUAAGAAGAUGGGAGGGUUGGGUUUUCGUGAGCUUGAUAGUUUCAAUGUUGCUCUUUUGGCAAAACAAGGUUGGAGAAUUAUCAACUUUCCAGAUUCUCUAGUUGCACGAGUGUAUCAAGCCAAAUACUUUGUAGGAGGUUCUUUUUUGGGUUCUACUCUUGGGCGGAAUCCGUCUUUUAUAUGGCGGAGUAUAUGGAAUGCAAAGUCUCUUAUUCAAGAUGGUAUGAUGUGGCGAAUUGGGGAUGGGAAAAAUGUUCGUAUAUGGAACGACAAAUGGGUUCCUGCUACUCCUUCGCAUACCAUUCUUUCUCCUAUUAAUGGUUUGAAUGCAGAUGCUACGGUUAAUGAGAUUAUUAAUCAGGGAGUAAAUUGGUGA